CAUAAGACAGCGGCGGUGGCGUAGUUGAUUCUGUUGGGGCAAUCUCGGCAGCGUAGAUCGAAGUUGCGGGUUGGCAACGCAAUGUAAAUGGCUCUAACUCGUCUCCAGGCUGCGCAGGACGACGCGAAAGUCCGUCUGGGCCGUGCUGAAUCCCCGGGACGUGGAUGAGCUCGAAGUGGAAGGUAAGGAUAGCGAGGAUCCAACGGUUGAUGCUGGCCGAAGGCAAGAGGUCUGGGUUACGUAGCAUUCCCUUGAUGUAACGAGCGUCUACUUCAACAACGAGAUUCCGGAGGCCAAUGAGAUAUAA